CUCUUUCCUUCCUCCCGCUCUGGACAUGGAGUGAUCUCUUUUUUUUUUUUUUUCUUUUUACAGUUUACUUGCCAUUUGCGUUGAGAUUGUGAACAGGAGUUCGACUGGCGCAUAUUCGGUCGUGAAAUAGAUUCCGUACUCGCACGACUCCCACAAGCACGCUGGCAACGAACAAUGUAUUCGUCCCUGUCACUUUUCAUAAACUUGGCCAUCCUCCUUCUCCCCUUUGCCAACGCAGCCUGUACAGACGUCUCUACAACAGCCGUCUGCAGAAAUUUUGCGACUAGUAGCGGUUUGCAGAUCCAAACGGACGGUGCAAAUAGCGCCGGGUUGUCGACUGUAAAGAAUGGAGUUGACUUUGACAACGUCCUGGGUGCUUUCACAUCGAUCCUGCCUCCCGAAUUGGGCUGUCAGAAUCUGACAGAGAUGAUGGUGAGAAGCAAAGUGCCACUCUUUCGAUUUGCAUUGAGCUAUCAGUGCCAAGAAGCUCUCCUACAAUCGAGUUGCCCCGCGCAAAACGGGACAGCCAGACCCGUCCGACUGUGUCGGAACACGUGCAAUACGUUCCGGGAUGACAUGAUUGGGGUGGGAUUCAACUCUGUUUGCGGGCAAAGCAGUACGGCGAAUGCAGCGCGAGAAGCAUGGCGAAAGAGAGUGGGAGAUGUCUGCUCCCAAUUGACGGAUGAGCUUGGAUGCCUGAUGGCCGUAGAUGUCGAAAGGAAUAACUGCGGCUACGGGAAUACAGAGAACGGCGUCAAGCAAGCUAAAAUGACUUGCCAGGACAGACAAUCGGAUUGUUGUGCAGUGGAAUUAAAAGUGGUUGACGUCAAAUCUGCGGAACAGACCGCCAAGGACGACGCAUCCGACAAACUUCCAUUGUUCGCGGGUAUAUCGGGGGGAUUCUUCUUUGGGAUCAUUGCACUUGCAGUGUCAAUACUGAGGUGGACAGAAUCGCGAGGGGGUGGAACGAGUAACAAGGCUAGAGCAUCUAUCCAUACUGAGCGAGCGGCAGCAGGCGCACGGGCUAGUGGAAUGUGGCCCACUUCGUCCCCCGUUCCCAACAUGAGACCUUUCGGGGAGGACGGACUCCGAUCGCUACCUCCCACAUCUUAUGCGGACGACACACUCCGCUCUCCCGCACCUUAUGCGGACGACACACUUCGUUCACUACCCCCCACAUCUUACGAUGACGACACACUCCGCUCUCUACCCCCUAAACCAAACCAGAUCAUCAUCACCAAUCUCAAAGCCCCGUCACCCGCUUACGUCCCCUCCCAACAAGCGCCGCCAUCCUCCCGUCCACCAACAGAGUCAUACGCAAAACGAACACAAUCUGUUGCAUCUCGGUACUCGAUGCGCACGGAUUCGCAUACGAUGACGAGAAAUGGCAAUCCAAAGAUACAAGAUUUUUAUCGGGCGGUCGUCACGGAGUCAUACGACCCAUUAGAGGUCGACGAGGUUUUGUUGAAUGUCGGUGAUAUUGUGCAUGUGCAUAAAGUUUUUGAUGAUGGCUGGGCAUACGGCGUAAAUACGAAUACAGGACAAACCGGCGUUUUCCCACAUGUUUGUUUGCAAACAUUGUGAAGCUCUGUUACAUACGUAGCUAGAAUUACUGUAGAGCACAUCAGUGUAGAAUCUGUACGUAGGGAGCUGGUCUCUUUUGUUUUCAUAUUGUUUUUUUUUUUUUUUGCCGUUUUCUAUUAGUAUGGUGUGAUCCAUAGAUCUUAGAACUUUCUUUUGCUAGAUUUGUAAGAUAUAGUUUGUACAUGUCCUUGUUUGCAUAAAAGUGGAUCGUUUAGAUACAUGGUAGCAUUCUGAACGUC